GGGGCAGGUCUUGGGGCUUGGCCAGUUGCUGACUCCACCCCUCUUGCCUCCAGCAGGAGCACAGGUUUGAGAAGGCAUUGAGAGAAAAGAAAGGCUUCAUUAUCAAGCAGAUGAAGGAAGAUGGGGCCUGUCUUUUCCGGGCUGUGGCCGACCAGGUAUAUGGUGACCAGGACAUGCAUGAGGUGGUCCGGAAACACUGCAUGGACUACUUGAUGAAGAAUGCUGACUACUUCUCUAACUAUGUGACUGAGGAUUUCACCACCUACAUCAACCGCAAGCGGAAAAGCAAUUGCCAUGGCAACCACAUCGAGAUGCAGGCCAUGGCUGAGAUGUACAACCGCCCUGUGGAGGUCUACCAGUAUGGCACAGAGCCCAUCAACACGUUCCAUGGGAUCCAGCAGAACGAGGACGAGCCAAUCCGUGUGAGCUACCACCGCAACGUGCACUACAACUCCGUUGUCAACCCCAACAAAGCCACCAUUGGUGUUGGCCUUGGCCUACCUGCCUACAAGCCCGGGUAUGCAGAGCAGUCGCUUAUGAAGAAUGCCAUCAAGACAUCGGAGGAGUCAUGGAUUGAGCAGCAGAUGCUGGAGGACAAGAAGCGGGCAACUGACUGGGAGGCCACCAAUGAGGCCAUUGAGGAGCAGGUGGCUCGUGAGUCCUACCUGCAGUGGCUGCGCGACCAGGAGAAGCAGGCGCGCCAGCCACGCAAGGCCAGUGCCACCUGCAGCUCAGCCACGGCAGCAGCAGCAGGGGGCCCUGAGGAGUGGAGUGGGCGCUCACCUCGGCAGCGCAGUGCCGCCCCCUCCCCCGAGCACCCAGGGCUGCACACUGAGCUUGUGCCCCCUUCUGGCAAGCCCCCCUCACCUGGCACCGGUCCCCCUAAACCACCCUCUCCCUGCGCUCCAGGUACCAGCAGUCAGCUGGCAGCUGCAGGGGGCCGCACUACCCCCCCAUUGGUAUCCCUGUACCCUGCACUGGAGUGCCGUGCCAUCAUGCAGCAGAUGUCCCCCACCGCCUUCGGCCUUCAUGAUUGGGAAGACGAUGAGAUCCUGGCAUCGGUGCUGGCCGUGUCACAGCAGGAGUACCUGGAGACCAUCAAGAAGAGCACCCUGCACAGAGACAGCCCUGCUGACAAGAGCUGAUGCCCCUAGACUGCCCCCUCCCCCCUUCCACUGCCACCUGCACCCCUUCUUCUCCCCCUGCUCCCUUCCCUCUCCCCCAGAGACUGGAGCUGUCGCUGCAUGUUGGGAAGAGAAUUAUCCUGGAUAAAGAGAAACAAAGA